GACGCUCACAGUAGUGAGUAAGAGGAGCUGGAAAGUAAACAACCCUCGGCUGCUUGCCGUCGUCGUCUCCAUCUUUUGAGGGCCGCCGUGCUACUCGUCGUCCUGUGAGGACCGAGAUGGGGGCAGUGCUGGGCCUCUGCUCCAUGGCGAGCUGGAUACCAUGUUUGUGUGGCAGUGCCCCAUGCCUUCUGUGUCGAUGUUGUCCUAGUGGAAAUAACUCCACUAUAACAAGGCUGAUAUAUGCAUUUUUCUUACUACUUGGAGUGAGUGUUGCAUGUGUGAUGUUAAUGCCAGGAAUGGAAGAGCAACUAAAGAAGAUUCCUGGGUUUUGUGAUGGCCAUGUGAAUUGUGAUGUUCUAGUAGGGUACAGAGCAGUGUAUAGGGUAUGCUUCGGUAUGGCCAUGUUCUUCCUCCUCUUCUCCCUAUUGAUGAUCAAGGUAAAGAGCAGCAGUGAUCCAAGGGCAGCAGUACACAAUGGAUUCUGGUUCUUUAAAUUUGUCAUAGCAGUUGCAAUUACAGUUGGAGCAUUUUUCAUUCCAGAGGGACCCUUUACAACAGUGUGGUUUUAUGUAGGCAUGGCUGGUGCUUUCUGCUUCAUUCUUAUCCAGCUGGUUUUACUUAUUGAUUUUGCCCACUCUUGGAAUGAAUCCUGGGUUGAAAAAAUGGAGGAAGGCAACUCAAGAUGCUGGUAUGCAGCAUUACUGUCUGCCACAGCACUGAACUAUCUUCUCUCUCUGGUGGCAAUUGUCCUGUUUUACGUAUAUUAUACUCAUCCAGAAGGCUGUUCUGAAAAUAAGGCAUUCAUAAGUGUCAACAUGUUGCUGUGUAUUGGAGCAUCAAUAAUGUCAAUUUUGCCUAAAAUUCAGGAAUCACAGCCAAGAUCUGGGUUGUUGCAGUCAUCUGUGAUUACAGUUUACACAAUGUAUCUAACCUGGGCAGCAAUGACUAAUGAGCCAGACAGACAAUGCAAUCCAAGCUUGCUGAGCAUUAUUGGCUAUAACUCCACAAGCACUUCAAGCAAGGGCCAGUUUGUCCACUGGUGGGAUGCCCAAGGAAUUGUAGGACUUGUCUUGUUUUUACUCUGUGUUCUCUACUCGAGCAUCCGGACAUCCAAUAACAGUCAGGUAAAUAAACUGACUCUAACCAGUGAUGAGUCAACUUUGAUAGAAGAUGGACUUCCUAGAAGUGAAGGUUCACUUGAUGAUGGAGAUGAUGUCCACCGUGCUGUUGAUAAUGAGAAAGAUGGUGUUACCUACAGUUAUUCAUUCUUUCACUUCAUGCUUUUUCUGGCUUCACUUUACAUCAUGAUGACUUUGACCAAUUGGUACAGUCCUGACCCCACCUCUGCAUUAAUGACCAGUAAGUGGCCCUCUGUCUGGGUGAAGAUAUCUUCCAGUUGGCUUGGCAUUGUUCUCUAUGUGUGGACACUGGUGGCUCCACUUGUGUUAACAAACCGUGAUUUUGACUAAGAUGAAACACCUUUUCCAAAAGCUUUAUUUUGUUUUGUUGCUUAUUUGAAGCUAACAGUAUUCCAUACUAAGAUGUAACUGUAAAUAUGUGUGCAUGUUUAUACUAUCUGUGCAAAUUACUGUGUAUGUUCUGCAUGAUUAUUCUUAGAUCAUCUUAUCUUGGUGUUUAGUGACUUUUGAGUUGUAAUUCAGUUGAUAAUGAUUACUACUAGAUUUAGGGCCAAACCCGCUUUAAUGGUAGUGGUUUCAUGGGAUGUAUUGCACAGUAAUGCUAGCAGCAGAUGUAUAAGAGCUCACUAGCAUUUUCUCAAUUGGUAGUAGAACAGUGAAGAUCAGCAACAUCUAAUGUGACAAAAUCAUAAUCGAUUGUGAAAUAUGUAACAGCUUGCACAAGUGGAAUCAAAGUACUGAAUUUUUCUUUUUGCAAGGUUGAAAAAAGGGGUUUCUGCAAACAGCAGAAGCUUUGCUCUAGUAUAAUGAUACUUAUGAAUGCAGUUCCACAUGUGUCUUAGCACACAUCUUCCCCAGUUUUCUAGAAAGAGUGGGAAUUCUGAUUUUUAAAGCAAAAUGGGUUUACAUGAAGAAUGCAAAAUUCUCCAUGUAUCUCCCUGUAGCCCCUUUAUUCAGGCUUUUUUCUUCCAGCUAGGCCUCUGAUAGCAGAAGGGAACCUCAGAGAGAGAAACAUGCACUCAGAAUGAUUAAAGAUAAAUCACAGACAGAGGUGGAUGCCAUUCCACUCAUGUAUGACUAUGUUUACACAUAAUACGCAAGUAUGGUUUGUUAGUGUGACUUGUAGAAUCAUGCAUAGUAAUUACAUGCAAACCUGGAAUUUUAGAAGAAAUAGGGGCUUUUAAUAAUGAACGACACCUGAUGAGAAUCCAUGGUUUGUUAGGUUGUGAAUUCUUGAGGGUGGUGGUUCUGUGUAAACCAGAUCCAUGUCUUUGUGCUUUUCAAAUUGGGUCCCCACUACCAUUUUCUAUAUGAAGGGAACAUGUUCACAGUUUUAAACAUGAGAAUGCUGGCAAUUCUACCUACUUUGGCCUUUGCUAGUUCAGUGUAGUAGGAUUGAGAUAAAAUGGAGAAGCUUGUUGGGCUUUUCAGACAGGGCUACCCCUUCCCUUUUCAGUAAUCUUUAACUUUUGCCUCAUUUAAGGGGCAAUGGCUACUUUUAGGAAAGCUAUCUACUGUGCAGCUAGUACAUGCAAGUACUUGCUGAGCAGGGGAGGAUUGGGGCCUAUUACUUUAAAUUAUUUUCCUUAACAUGUCUGAAGCAUCCAGUUGUAAAAGCAUCAGUCUGCCAGGCAUCGUCUUCUACUUUGAGAAAGUGUUUUGCAAAGAAAACUGGAUUCCAAUUUUACACAGAAAAGUGAUAGACUACCCCACUUGGGAAGCAGGGUUUUUUUUCUGAAAGUUGCUUGCCAUGAAAUGUCACUGUUAACUGCAAAAAUAAAUUUCCCAAAUAUUUGGCUGAGUUCUUUGGGAGCACUUCUCAAUCUCAGACUGAGAAGAUUUUUAAAAAACUUCAAAAGUAUUUUAAUGCUAAAUAUUUGCACCUAUAAUCAGAUUGGGAAUUAUGAAGCUAGGGUUGGCUUUGACUAUCUUCUUGGCCUUGAUUGCAAAGAUUACUUUGAAUAGUGCAUUUGGUAAGAGUAUUUGCUUUGGUCUGAACAUUUCAUGCCACCUUUGUAUCUAUGAUGUGUGUUCUGGAAAGGUGAGGGAAUUAGCGCUAUGAAGAGAGAGGAGGAUUGCAAGUUGAUGGCCACUUCAGGUGAUUGUAUUAUCUCAAGCUGCAAGUAUGUAUGGUUGUUUAGAAGAGGCUGAUACUGAACUGAAUGAAGUCAGAUACCAGAGGUAUACAGCACUAGGUUAGUUUUAAUUGAGCUAUAGGAGCUCAGAACUAGUUUUUUAAAUUGAAUAGUCCAUUGACUGGCAGGAACAAAGGGAUGAUAGAUCUAAAUGAAUCUUAGCUGAUUAAAGACUAGUGCAAGGAGAGGGGUGUAGUAAGGAGGAAAGGAAUGUAUCUAAUGCAGCAGCCAGUUUUUGUGAUUAUUUUUUAAGCCAAGAAUGGGGAAUUUCUGUUGCAAAUUUGAUGUCAUGCUGCACUGUGACAACACAAGAAACCAGUCCCUUCCAUUCUGUUGAAGGGACUAGUUUUGUACUUGUAAAUGUGUCUCUGUAUUUAAAGGACACGCACAGCUGUAAAUGUUUAAGGUUAGAAACUUAAAAUGGUGAGAAACUUGCAUGGAAUUUUUGGACAUGAAAAAUAGCGCCAAUUUUGACCAGGCUUGCUUUUUCAGUGGAAUGCAGUGGAAUGUUAGUUUUAUUAGUGCAUGUUAGACUUUACAUUCAGUUUUCGUAUCAAUUAAAUCCUAAAAUCAAGUGUUUUUUUAACUUAAUCAACAUUCAAAGGUAUUAGACCUGAGGCAUGAAAUGUGCUAGCAUUCCUGCUCUUGCUAACUGUAGUAUAGUAUACCCUAUGUUGAAAAUUUCAGAUUUUUUGUUUUGGGUGAAGAAAGCAAUAAUCAAAUGCCUUUUAUGUACCAUUCUGGCCCAAAUGUUCCUUGAUUUGGUAUUUGGUAGCUUAGUUUGCAAGACAGAAGUUGAUGCCUCUUUUCCAGUAAUACUUGACUGGUUGACAGGUAUUUUAUUUACAGGUUAAUAUCCUCUACAAGAAUACUAUGGUUUUUUCUGUCCAGAAUAUUACAAAAUCCUUUUAAUGGUAAUUUAGUAUUGCUGCUAGUCCUUUGUGUCUGUGCAUUGCUGGCAGUGGAUUUCUUCGUGGAAAAUCCUAAAACUGCAAACCUGGAAAUGUUUAUUUCCUGUACUAAUGCUAUUAUUUUAAAUACAUUCAGAACAUGCUGUAAUAUAUACUGUAAGGCUGAUUUAAAUUAAACAUGAAAGCAGUUUGGAGGUAGAUUUAAUAUUUAGUCAUUUUGAGUGUCUGCUGUAACCAAUAAAACUUUCUCACGA